AAAGAUAUUGAAAGAUGGAACAGGAUUGUCUCAAAACCAUAGACACAUGGAACAAACAAUAGAAGAAAUCAAUAGAUUUGCCUCGUACCUGGUACAAUAUAUUUUGUCUAUCUUAGCGUCAAAUUGUGUUCUGUCGCUGUAGUCAACAACUUGGGCAAGUAAAAUGACCUAGAAUCCCUAUACCAGGAAAGAUUCCUGGAUUGACUAUUGGAAUCGCAGGAUUCUAACCUUUUAAGGAGCAUAACUAAGAAUCAAAGCGACUGAGCUAAAUUUGAGACAGAUUCUAUAUCUGAAAUUCUGCCUGGCUUAAAAGCACAUUAAGGUGAACAGUGCACCAGGUAUGGUGAACCUGAAAAAGGCCUGAUCUCUCCUUUGCUUUCAUCAACAGCUCAGUGAACCAGGCAUGGUGAAACUGACAAAAAAUCUGAUCUUUCUUUUGCUUUCAUAAACUGCUUAGUGCACCAGGCAUGUUGAACCUGAAAAAGACCUGACCUUUUCUUUGAUUUCAUAAACUGCUCAAUUCAAGUGAUCAAACACAUGGCUGCCUGUUGGUGGAUUGCCAUUGCUUUUAUUUGGGUGGGUAGUGUUGCGUGGGGUUUGAACUUGGAUCUUCUUGAUUGUGAAAAUUCAGACGAUGCAUAUCCCUCAGCCACAAAUGGCUUUGGCAUCUCAUAUCAAGAAGAUGAUGAAGGGAGUAUGCAAGAAAUUUUGAGAGCUGCAAAAAGACUAGAGGUCUUCAAUUGGCUUACAGGCAUACGCAGAAGGAUACACGAGAAUCCUGAACUUGCAUAUCAAGAGUUCGAAACCAGUGCACUCAUAAGAAGUGAGCUGGAUCAAUUGGGCAUAAAGUAUAGGUGGCCUCUUGCAGAGACAGGUGUGGUGGCCUCCAUAGGCUCUGGAGGUCGCCCUUUUGUGGGUAUCAGAGCUGAUAUGGAUGCUCUCCCCAUUCAGGAGGCAGUUGAGUGGGAGCACAAAAGUAAAAUUCCGGGAAAAAUGCAUGCCUGUGGGCACGAUGCCCAUGUGACCAUGCUUCUGGGUGCGGCAAAGAUAUUACAGGAGCGAAGGCAGAUGUUGCAGGGAACUGUUGUCUUAAUCUUUCAACCAGCAGAGGAGAGAGGUGGUGGUGCAAAAAGAAUGAUAGAAGAUGGGGCUUUAGAGAAUGUAGAAGCUAUAUUCGGAAUUCAUGUCUCUAGCUAUUAUCCAACUGGUGUUAUUGCUUCCAAGGCUGGGCCUUUAUUGGCAGGGUGUGGUUUCUUCAAGGCAGUCAUAACUGGGAAGGGAGGACAUUCGGGAAUUCCUCAACAUGCAAUUGAUCCUAUUCUGGCAGCUUCUGCUUCUAUUGUUAGCCUUCAGCAACUUAUUUCCCGGGAAGCCAACCCCUUGGACUCACAGGUGGUAACAGUUGCUACAUUCAAUGGAGGUGAUGCCUUUAAUGUAAUUCCGGACUCGGUGACAAUUGGAGGCACAUUCCGUGCCUUUUCAAAUGAGAGUUUUUACAGACUCAAGCAGAGAAUAGAUGAAAUAAUUGUAGGUCAAUCCCUUGUCCACAGGUGCACCUCAAGUGUGGAUUUCUUAGAAAAAGAGUAUCCCUUUAAUCCACCAACUGUGAACGACAUAAAUAUGUAUGAUCAUAUGCGUAAAGUUGCAGCUGAUUUAGUGGGUGCAGAUAAUGUGAAAGUCAUGUCCCCUCGCAUGGGUGCAGAAGACUUCUCUUUCUAUUCAGAGAAUAUACCUGGAGCUUUCUUUUUCCUUGGAAUGAAAAAUGAAACAUCUGGAUCUACUCAUGCGGCACACUCUCCUCUCUUUACUAUUGAUGAAAAUGUUCUCCCACUUGGUGCUGCAAUGCAUGUUGCUAUAGCCCAAAGAUAUCUCAAUGAUAUCGUCAAAUCAAAGGUUGGUCACUCUUUAAGUCAAUGAUGGCAAGGCUCACUGUUCCAUAGGCUUUCAAUGUUUAGUCUCGUAGACAUUAAAGUUUUUUUUUCUUCCCAAUGAAUGCUUCCCAAAUUUUUAAUUUUUAAGAAUUUAGUUAAUUUUUAAAAA